AUGGCGGAACGCUACAUCCCCGAGCACCGCCGCACCAACUUCAAGGCGAAAAGCACCUUCAAGCCAGACGAGCUACGUCGCCGCCGCGAAGAGCAGCAGGUCGAGAUCCGGAAGCAGAAGAGGGAGGAGAAUCUUGCGAAGAGGCGUGGCAUUGGGAACCGCGGUGAUGGUGCGCCUGGCGCCUCGCUUGGAGCGGCGCCGGACAGCGAUGAUGAGGGUGUGGGUUCAGAGAGUCAGUUGAAUGAGGAACUCCCUGUCAUGGUAGCAGGCGUGUUCUCCGAGAAGAUCGAAGACCAGAUCCAAGCCACCACCAAGUUCCGGAAGCUCUUGUCCAAGGAGCGCAACCCUCCUAUCGAGGCCGUCAUCGCUACUGGCGUGGUCACCCGCUUCGUCGAGUUCCUCCGCUCACCUCACACUCUGGUCCAGUUCGAGGCCGCUUGGGCUCUCACCAACAUUGCUUCUGGGUCUGCGCAACAAACACAGGUGGUGAUUGAGGCAGAGGCUGUGCCAAUCUUCGUUGAGCUACUCAAGAGCCCUGAGCCUGAUGUUCGAGAGCAGGCGGUGUGGGCGCUCGGCAACAUUGCCGGUGACAGCCCUCAUUGCAGAGACUACGUCCUCUCCAAGGGUGCGCUGCCGCCUCUCGUUCAGCUUCUUGGUGACAGCCGCAAGUUGAGCAUGCUCAGGAAUGCGACAUGGACACUUAGCAAUUUCUGCCGUGGCAAGACGCCGCAGCCAGAAUGGGAUACGAUAGCACCGGCCCUACCAGUACUUGCUAAGCUUGUCUAUUCGCUGGACGACGAGGUGCUCAUCGACGCAUGCUGGGCCAUCUCGUACCUCUCCGACGGCUCCAACGACAAGAUCCAGGCUGUCAUCGAAGCCAACAUCCCGCGUCGUCUGGUUGAACUGCUCAUGCACGCUUCGACUUCUGUUCAGACACCUGCCCUGCGCUCGGUCGGCAACAUCGUCACCGGUGAUGAUGUUCAAACACAGCUCAUCAUUAACUGCGGUGCGCUUCCUGCGCUCCUUUCGCUACUCAGCUCUCAGAAGGACGGGAUUCGAAAGGAGGCUUGCUGGACGAUCUCGAACAUCACCGCCGGCAACAGCACGCAGAUCCAGUCGGUCAUCGAUGCGAACAUCAUGCCACCUCUCAUCCACUUGCUCAGCCAUGGCGACUUCAAGACCCGUAAGGAGGCUUGCUGGGCCAUCUCCAACGCAACCUCGGGUGGGCUCCAGAAGCCGGACCAGAUCCGCUUCCUUGUCAGCCAAGGUGCCAUCCGUCCAUUGUGCGACCUGCUCACCUGCCCUGACAACAAGAUCAUCCAAGUCGCUCUCGAUGGUCUUGAGAACAUCCUCAAGGUCGGCGACAUGGACAAGGAGGCUGCGGAUGGUAGCGCUGAGCCACCGGUCAACCGCUACGCUCUAUUCAUCGAAGACUGUGGUGGCAUGGAGAAGGUUCACGACUGUCAGAACAACAGCAACGAGGAGAUCUACAUGAAGGCGUAUAGCAUCAUCGAGAAGUACUUCUCGGACGAGGAAGGCGAGGCAGAGGUCAGCGAUCUGGCUCCUCAGCAGGGCACCGAUGGGCAGUUCGGCUUCGGUGCUCAGCAGCAGCAACAGAACUUCAACUUCGCCAAUGGUGGAGGCGAUAUGGAGAUGUAA